ACGGACCGCUCACCGGGGGCUGGCCUAGUUUCUUCCCCUACCUCGCGCCGGAGAGCGACCGGCGAUUGCGGUCAUUCGCACCGGAGCGCCGGCACGCUGAUGAGCAGCUACCAAGCGUGCUUUGCCGUACUUUCGUCACCGUAUAUCGGGACUUUACAUCGGAUGAGUGGUUUCAGCCGACUUUGCACAUCUGGCACUCUGUCGUGGUCACAGAUAGCAUCUUUAUGAGAUGUUGAUGUCUUGAUUUGAAGACUCUGUCAAGAUUUUUUUCUUUCGAUCUUGCUUGAGGCACGAGAAGUCUGGACUACUCAGUUCACGUCACCGAAAUGAACAGCUAUUUGGUCCCAAAAUUGACGAUGCUCGUCAGUAAAGACAAUUCCGAUCUUGACAUCUCGUCUCCGUCACCAGGUACCGAUUCAGACCCUGGCUCCCAAACUCGAACAAAGUCGGCUCCGAUGAACCCCCCUCCCCGCCCCCCGACCACAAGAAAGGUGCUCCGCACACCGAAGUGCGCCCGGUGCCGCAACCACGGCGUGGUGUCCUGCCUCAAGGGACACAAGCGCUACUGCCGGUGGCGGGACUGCCAGUGCACCAACUGCCAGUUGGUGGUGGAGAGGCAGCGUGUCAUGGCGGCCCAGGUCGCCCUGCGCAGGCACCAGGCGACCGGCGAGGACGAGCGGGUUGCGCCCGGUAAGGAGGGUGCCGCCAGCGGGGCCGGUCCUCCGCGGAAGGUGGCGUGUGGAGCCGGGAAGGGGUCUAGCGGGCCGGCAGGGACGCGUAAAGUGACCCUGCCUAAAGGACCAGGACAUGGGACGACUUCUGUCUCAAAGGACAUCCUGGAAGGUUGCCGCAGCAAGCCAAGCCGAUCGACCGCACCGAGCUCCAACACCCCUCCCCGGCCGGUCAUCUUUCUCCCUCCGUCGGUCAGCGAACGCAUGCGUAAGCGGCGAGCCUUUGCCGACAAGGAUCUGGAGACGACCAUGCUGCAGCGAGAGUGUCAGUGGAGCCUAAUGUACGCCGCCCAGGCCGGCCUGUCCAGACUUCACCCCCUGGUGGACCGUCAGCAUCCCCACCAACAUUUCCGGACACCGGCCGGAAGUGACACCGACUUGCCGGACCAGACCAGACAGUUUCUUCGCCGGCUGUUCCCCAGUCACAGCGCGACGGCUUUGGACGCGGCGCUGACGUGCAGCGCCGGUAAUAUCCGCUUGGCCAUCGAGAAACUCGUCAGUGCUUACUCGGCUGCGUCGCAGGAAGGUCCCACACCACGCCCACUUUUUGCCACAGGGGCGGGGCUUGAGACCACGCCCAGUUUGCCAUGGUAUCUGUCGUACCCAAGGAGCAAGAUCUUUAAAGAGGACGAGGGUAGAAUGAACGGAGCGCAAUCUGACCGGACCGAGACCGACACCCCUAAGUCUUCGAUUAAUGGUAUUCGAGGAGAAGGCUCGGUAUCGGCCUUCAGCUCCUUACGCAGGAGAGACAGGGGUCCCGAUUCUCGAUCCCGCUUCGGCAGUGUCGAGAGCGAAAACGAAUACUCGCAAGCUUUCUCUCCAGGAAACGAUAGGGACAGAAACGAUCUCGCCGAUACAACCCCAAAUGAAAUCCCCACGAACGGGAGUCUCACCAAACGCUUUGUAAAAACCGUAUCGACGAAACGGUUAUCGUUUUCUGUCGACUCCAUUAUGGGUAUAAACUAA